AUGAACGCCUCUGAGCUGGCAGAGCUCUGUGACGGGGCAGGAAAUAACACCACCGCCGCGGCUGACCGCGUCACCUCACCCAGUGGCAGUAUCGUGACAGUAUCGGGGUGGCAGGGCGUGACGCUAGCCACGCUGCAGGUGGGCGUGAUGGUGGUGGGGCUCCUGGGCAACACUACCGUAGCGGCCUCAGUGUGGCGGCAAGGUACCAGCCGCCAGAAGCAACAGCAACCCGCCGCGCACCGCCAUGCUCUCCUCCUGUCCCUGGCCAUGGCCGACCUGCUGGUAACACUGUUAUGUCUGCCUGCCGCCCUCGCCCGCCUGCUGGUGCUGCCGUGGGCGGCACACUGGGUUAUGUGUCCGCUGCUGGCCGCCACACAGAACACUGCCCACGCUGCUUCCACACUCUCCAUCGCUUUCCUGGCUCUGGAUCGCUACCUCACCGUGAGGUGGCCCAAGCUGGCACCCAAGGUGGCAUCGAGGACGGCGCAGCUGUUGGCUGGACUUUGGGUGAUGGCAGUGCUGCUGGCGGUACCUCGCGGACUGACCGCCGCCCUGGCCGUGCCUGGGCCAAUAUGCAGUGAGCAUUGGCCUGUGCCCGCCCUACGCGUCCUCUACCACACCACUGUGGCCGCCGUGGUUCACCUUCUGCCUUGCGCCACUGUCAUUCUGUGCCACGCCGCCGUUGCCUCAUCGCUGCGGCGCCGAGGACUUGAUGACACGCGAAUGAAUCUGCGGCCGCGGCAGGUAAUCAUCAUGGCGCGGGAGUGUAGCCUCGGGGGCGCCAACACCCACAAGAUCGUGGCUGCGUCGUCUAGCGGCGGUGAGUCGGACGGCGACGAGGAACGAGCCGCCCUAGAGCUGCGUGAUACCAACAAUGUGCCUCAGGUCACCCUUGACGCCGGCAAAGGCAGGGCACCCCAGGCACCACCACGCCCGGCACCGGCUAUCAAACCCGCCAGAAAUAUUCACACCAUCAUCCGCGCACACCGACGCAUGCGGGUACGCGGUCCCGCUCAAACGGCCUCCAUAUUUACUUCAUACCGAGGUCACUCCACAGAGACGCGGCGGCGGCUGGCGCGGAUGUUAGUAGCUUUGGGCGCGGUGUUCGCCGCCUGCUGGCUUCCCUACGUCGUGGCUCUGCUGAUAUGGGCGUGGAGAGAAUCGCCUUCCACCCGCUACGCCUUAGAGGUCACGCUGGUGCUGGGCCACGCCCACUCUGCUCUCAACCCUGUCGUGUACUGGCUCAUGAACCGCGCCUUCCUCACCUCCCUCCAACGCUUGCUGUCCACCCAGCUGCGUCUGCCCCGCGGAGUGUCCUGCGGAGGAUGUGGUCGCCCAUCCUGCCUAUCGCGCCCCGCCGCUACACCCUGGGCAGGCAAUUCCUCCACUAACGAGGACAACCUCGGCGCCUUUCAUCCCAAGUACCUCAACCCGCACGCCCUGCGACCCCAAGCCUCGCGCUGCACCUCUCACUACUUCCACUAA